AUGGUGUUCAGCAUGAGGGAGAUUUACACCUUCACCCACGGGGCCGAGACGGCGGCGAAGCUGAUGGGGUCGACGCCGGAGGACCAGAUCUUGAUCCGGACCUCCGAUUCUUUCUCGGGCCUGCUCCUGUUCGCGAUCGGGUUCAUCCUGUUCAUGGUUUCGUUCGUCAGGGACCGGGAUUUCCAGACCUUUUUCGCCAAAGGUUGCACGGUGCUCCACGUUUUCAUGGCGAUGUGGAGGGUUUACUUCGGGACGAGGGUGGAGGCUCUGGCCUGGGACGGGCUCCGGCAGACAGUUGGCGAUUUCUUGCUGGCUCUGUCCUGGGUUUUCUUUCUCGUUUAUUCGUGGAGAGAAAAGUAUGAUUAG